AUGAGUUUGGAUCGUGUCAUUCAGGAUUCCGACGAGGACGAGCCAUUCGAGGGGGAUGACCUCUCCACUUCUGUCGACCCUGUCCACCCCUCCGAGCUCGCAUUGCAGGAAUAUCAACAUUCCCCCGCCAAAGAGAGGACCCACAAUGCAGUGUAUGAACACGGGCCUGCUCCCGAUGAAACCACGUUCUCGCAGCUGAACGUCAACUUUGACGAGUUCAUCCAAUCGCCAGAAAGGGGCCAUUCAAUGCUAUCGUCGUCGCAGCAGCGGCGGGAGGACAGAUGGAUUCCCUCGACCAGUGAGGGUGGAAGUGGGUCGGUUGGCGCCAUGAUGACGGAGAUCGGAAUUGCGCAGAGAAGACUACUGGAUGACGACCACUCAAGUGCAAGCCUGCUGCUCCCUUCUACAGCUGCGCUGUACUCGACAGAAUCAUUUCAGUCUGCACUAUUUCCUACCAUACCAAGUUACCACUCGUAUCUGAUGGACCAACCGAAUAGUGGCAGCCUCACAUAUAAUCCAGCACCCAUUGGCGCCUACGUCGAUGCAAAUCAGACUUUGUUGCCCAUCACACAGGGUACUUACGACAUGACUCCACCCGAAACCACUAAUUCAAUGGCGUCGUCUUCGAAAAUUGUUCCUCACCAAGCUACCGAGCCCUUCAUGGAACAGGAGAAUCCACCCCCAAACCUACCUCAGGAAGCCUCACAGCCCAAAUCUCAACAGAUGGGUCCCUCUUCCCCCCAUGACACCGAGCCUCUCUCCUCCGUUACAUCCAUGCGAUUCAGCGAAACAAAAACCACCACCGCCGGAACCAGUUUCAUUUCCCCGCAACAAUCCCAGUCAAGCACAAGCACGCACGACGAGCUCGCUCUGCCAGCUGUCCUACCAACUGCGCCAGACGUCGAGACGUCAGGUGUAACGAAGAAGCAAGGACGGCCCAAGAAGAAACCUAUGCCAGAUAAUGACGAAGACGAUGAGCUAGCCAACUCUCGGGACCACGAGUUCAAGCACCCUGGCGCAAAUGGUGCGAUUGACCCCUCCGAUAGCGAAGAGACCACGAAGGAUAACACCCCGGCCUCGAGUGGAGUCUCCGACGAGACUGACGAAGAUAAUCUAGGUGCAACAUCCAAGCUUGCAAAAUCAGGACCCAAGGAGCCGAAAAAGGAGAAAGCCAAAAAAAGCAAGACGACACCCACCCCUGUGCCUGGUGCCGACGACGACGUGAUAUGGGUGGAUACAAAGCCUCUCAGCUCGGAACCUUCUACCAAGAAAGCCACCCCGCUGCCAGAAGCCCCAGAAGCCCCGAGAGAGGAUUUAGACUCCAAUGUUUUGGACUCAAACCCGCCUGUUGAAACCCAGACACUGACUCCUGCAGUUGAAGAGAAGACGCAAAAACCCGCAAAACCAGCACCCAAGAAACGCGGCCGCAAGCGAAAGCAGACAGCCGACCAAGCGGAAACACCAUCAGAGUCUGCAGAUACACCUGAACCAAACAAGGCGCCUUCCGGGGCCCAGACUCCUGCAUCGAAGUUGGCCGUCGUUGUCGACAAUAGUCCCAGACCUAUGCUGGAAGCUAAUGCCGGUGACAACGAUGCAUCCACUAUUCAAAGCGAGACCCAGAACCCCCAUUCACUUCCUGGUCCUGACCCUCUUCCUGAAUCUACAAUUGAUACCUCUCAGCCUCAACCUCAGACUCCUUCGAAAUCCGAUGCUGCAUCUAUCAAUACACCUCAGAACACAGGCAAAGGCCCGGAUAAGCACAGCCCUAUCUCGGUUCGGAGUGGGGUGCCUUACCGUGUGGGGUUGAGUAAAAGGGCGAGGAUUGCGCCGUUGCUUAAGAUGGUACGGAAAUAG